AUGCAGUUCUCUAUCAAGACCAUCGGACUCAUUUCCCUCUAUGCCAUGACCGUUUCUGCCGCCUCCAAGUUUGCCCAGACCUGUGAGAACGUCGAAACCUUUGGCAACACACUCCGCGCCAGCUGCCGUGAAUUCGAGAACGGAGAGCUUCGUCCUAGCACUCUCAACUUGAAUGAGUGUAUUAAGAACGGCAAAGGAUCUCUCAAGUGCGGAAAGAAUGGAGACUUCCAGGGCUCCUGCAUCAACUGCAGCCUUCGAGGUUCAACUGAGCUUUACUGCAUGUGCCGCAACGUUCAGGAGGGCCACCGCUUUGUCCCUACUCACAUUGACCUGAGUAAGUUCCACUCCUCCAAGUUGGAGUAA